AUGACGACCGCCCAUAGACCAACGUUCGAUCCCGCGCGCGGAAAGGAAGCUCAGCGAGGACCUGCCUACCACCAGCGACUUCUUCCAGCACACACCACCCUCAAGCACCGACAGCCAGGUCAGGGUGGAGAUGCGGAUGGCUAUAAGCGUGACCUUCGUGCAGAACUUUUAGAGGCCGAAGCGCGUCACUACGCUAAGAAGAAUGGCACCUACGUCGAGCCAGAGGCAGCUACGGAGCCAGGCAAUGCGCCCAAACGCCAGAUAGACGCAGUGCAAGCGGAAGAGCAAGAAGAAGGCGAUGGAGCAGAUCAAAAGAGGCGACGCAUAGAGGUGUUAGAGAAGUAUAGGGAGGUAGACGCAGACGAUAGUAGUAGUGAGAGCGAGAGUAGCGACGACGAUGACGAGGACGAAGAAGACGAAACAGCAGCGCUUAUGCGCGAGUUGGAGAAGAUCAAGAAAGAGCGUGCUGCAGCAAAGGCCAAAGAGGAGGCAGAGCGUGCGGCUGAAGAAGACCAACAGCGUGAGAUUGAUGUCGCACGUGGGAAUCCGUUGCUCAAUCCAAAGGACUUUACCAUGAAACGCAGAUGGGAUGACGAUGUCGUCUUCAAGAACCAAGCACGCGGUACUGAAGACCGCAACAAGAAGAAGGAAUUCAUCAACGACAUGCUGCGAUCCGACUUCCACAAAAAGUUCAUGUCCAAGUACAUCCGCUGA